CCUGUAUUUUAGUAUUUUAUAUCACAAAACAAAGACACAUUUCUCUCGCACCUACCUUCUUCCAUGACCAGAAGUGCUCGUGCAGAGAAAUGGCGCUAUCUCCUCAUCUUCUUCAAUUUCCAGUCCACUCUUCAUCUCCGCCACCUGACUGUCUCCUCUUCUAUCCCUCUGCAUGGCAAUCUCCUUUAAUUUCUGUCAACAAGGCCAAGAUUCCUCUGGUUCCAAUUGCGCUUAAGGUAUCUGCUAGAGUAAGAUGCUUAACGAAGUCCACAAAGGAGGAUCGCUUGGGUGAGACAGAGACUCUGGUUUCUGAUGAUGGUGAUGAUGGCGGAGAAGCCAGGGAAGACACGAAAAUCCAACAUCAUCCGCAGAGGAUCGCCACAGCCAAUUCGUACAGCGAUUCUCUCUCGCUUGGGAUUCGGGAGCCGGUUUAUGAGGUUGUAGAAGUGAAGUCAAAUGGGAUGGUAUCUACAAGGAAAAUAAGUAGACGUCAAUUAUUGAAGUCAAGUGGUCUUCGCCCACGAGACAUUCGGAGUGUUGAUCCAUCAUUGUUCUUGACAAAUUCAAUGCCUUCCUUGCUGGUUCGCGAGCAUGCUAUCUUGUUAAAUCUGGGGUCAUUAAGAGCAAUAGCAAUGCGAGAGUGUGUCCUCAUAUUUGACUAUAACCGUAAAGGAGGGAAAGCUUUUAUAGAUACAUUGUUGCCUCGGUUAAACCCCAGAAAUAUCAACGGAGGGCCAUGUAUGCCAUUUGAGCUUGAGGUUGUUGAAUCAGCAUUGCUUUCACGAGUACAGCGUUUGGAGCAGAGAUUAAUGACUGUUGAACCACGUGUUCAAGCUCUCUUAGAAGUCUUACCCAAUCGGUUAACUGCUGACAUACUGGAGGAACUCCGAAUUAGCAAACAGACCUUGGUUGAAUUAGGUUCAAGGGCAGGAGCUCUGAGACAGAUGUUACUUGAUCUUUUGGAGGACCCCCAUGAAAUACGCCGUAUGUGCAUAAUGGGCAGAAACUGCACUCUUGUGAAGGGAAAUGAUGAUAUGGAAUGUUCUGUUCCCUUAGAAAAGCAGAUUGCUGAGGAGGAGGAGGAAGAGAUUGAGAUGCUUUUGGAAAAUUAUCUUCAAAGAUGUGAAUCUUGUCAUGGUCAGGCAGAACGACUUCUUGACUCUGCAAAGGAAAUGGAAGAUUCGAUUGCUGUUAAUUUAAGCUCUCGGAGGCUUGAAGUGAGCAGAGUGGAAUUACUUCUCCAGGUUGGGACAUUUUGUGUGGCAGUUGGUGCUCUCGUUGCAGGUAUAUUUGGCAUGAACUUGAAGUCCUAUCUUGAAGAGCAUGUGUUUGCGUUUUGGCUGACAACAGCUGGGAUAAUUAUUGGUGCUGUUGUAGCAUUUUUUCUGAUGUAUUGGUAUCUCAGGAUUAGGAAGAUUCUGUAGCUUAACAACUAUUCAGGUUAGGUGAUUACAAAGGCUAAGCACAUAUUAGGCCAAUUAAUUUUGAUUACUUGAGUACUUACUAAAUAACAAUAUGAUUUUUAGUAGUAGUUACACACAGUAAUAUCACGCAUUUCUCCAGAAGAUAAAAAUCUCCAAGAAUGGAGUUAAAUUUAAUUGGUACAUUCCACGGAUUUUUGAAAGAGAGAAGGCGUUUGCCCAUUGCAGCAGUUAAACAAGACAGGCUCUUCAGAUGUAUAUUGGCAUUUUACAACUGAUGUAUAUUUUCUCCCUUAAUCCCCUUUAUUUUUCCCUCCUUGUAUGUACUCCAGGAGUGCUUGGAGGACUGGUUUUCUUGGUGAUAAAUGAUCUAGAUAUUCUUAAACAAUAUAAUUUAAAUUCUCCAUAGCUAAA